AUACUCGUGGUCAACCUAACAAAAAGUGAAUCAUUAUGGUGAGAUGCCCUGUACAGCUUCGAUCCCCGGCUGCACCCUCCCAUGCCUUAAUUGACUCUUUAGAUCAAUUCCUCGGCCUUCCAAAUACAAACCAUUACAAAAAUAACAAUGUCGAUAAUAAGCUAUUUAGUUAUCAGUAGUAAUAGUAAGAAAGCGUACUGGAGAGGAAGGGAGGAAGGAGAGAGGGCAGAGUACAGUAAUGGCCUCACAUACAGAAUAAUUACAUCACCCACGGAACAGGAAAAGACAUAUAACGCUUGUACUCUCCUCGGUUAUUUUCAUUGGACAUUUUACUCCUAACGAGCUCAUUCUUUCAGCAAACUUCAUUCUUUUUUACGUCGUGCUUCGUUUCAUCACAUGGAUUUUUUUUUCCCUUCCUACCUCAAGUAUAUGAAUAGUGUGCGUGUGUGUGUGUGUCCAGUCCUACACCUGUGCUGGCUGGCGACACAGGUGAUUGAUUUGGACCAAGAGGAGGGCAGGGAGAGGGUGAGUGGAAGGGAGGGAGGGAGGAAUGGACGGAGGUGAGGAGUAGGGCAGCGCGGCCCUCCCUCACAUCCGCGUGGUGUGUGUGUGUGUGUGUGUGAUGCUGUGCGGAUAAGGUAAUGCUAUUCUUAUCAUGUACAGCGUGACGUGUUUACGUGGGCGUGUGUCCGAAGACCGGUGUGGCUGGGAAACACAGACUCGUGGCAAUACCCGUCAAAUAAAACUGGCCGCUGUUAUUCACGGCUGUGACACAAGAGCAUGAUGCUGAGUGUCUGCCUGUGUGGCGUGAGAAGCGCAGACACGCACCCCGCUGUUCCUCCCCAUAGCACGCAACUAUCGACCUUAGCAACACUGUACUACGUGAAAUAUCGCUCUUUAUCCUUAAAAGGGAGAAGGGGGCUCUUCCCCUUUAGUUUGAAGUGUAGUUUAGCGCCAUUGAGUAGCCCGGAAAGUGUCGUCCUACAUGACCCCAAGUGUGUAGUGAGGGUGUGUGGUGGAGGCGCGGCAGACGCACGUGCCCGGCCGGGUGCGGCGCCGCGGUGCACACCACUGUGCAGCAGAGGAGCGGCCCGGGCCGGCACUGACACCCGCCUCCCGAUCACACUCCGCCCUGCUGCAAGUGAUGUAUCAGUGACGACACGGUGACGCCAUCGCUUUCUGGCGGCCCGCGAGCCAAUAGGGUAGCGCAGGUCAGGCAGCAGUGAUGACAUCACGGGGCUCGUGCGGGCUCGGCGACUCCCCGGCUCGCUCAGUUACCCACAAUCCCCCGUCCCGCCAGUCCAUGUCGCCGCCCCGACCAGUCACCACCGCUGCGCCGACGUGACCACACGCGCGGCCUCAUGCAGCGCUCCAUAGAAGAAAUAAAAUCAAGAUUAUUGACGUGCACUGAUCAAGAUUAUAAUGUCACAGAUAUGACAGCAUGCCUGGAGCUCAUCAGCAAGCUAGAAAGAACACCUAUUAGUAAGGAAGUCUUAGAGUCCACCCGGCUAGGACGACACAUAAAUAACAUUCGCCGUAAGACCAACCACCAGGAGCUUUACCGGCGGCUCAAGGAUCUCGUCCGGAAGUGGCGUAAGGAAGUCCUAGCUGAUGGAGUCAACGGGGCAGCUGGUUCGGGGCCGGGGCCGGGGUUGGGAGGGACGGCCAAGGGAUCGGGGAAUGGCCAGCCCCAACCCAACUCUCCCUCAUCCCUACCGUCCAGUGGCAACACCAGCCCGGGAGUGUCGGCCCCCACCACCCCUUCCACCCUGGUGCAGCGGACGCGCACGGCCUCCCCAACCCUCACCACUGCCCACUCGUCCCGCCCACUCAAGCCUGUGUCUCCUGCCUUACUCCGUGGCCGUGUCCUCAGCCCUGGCUUGAGUCUGGCCUCCACCUCGCCGGCCAUCACUCCCCCGCUUGCCAUCCCCACCCGCCCAAGGUCCCGCCCACAGUCUCCCUCAGUCAACCCCGGCCUGCGGCAACCAUCCAGGGCGGAUGCUUCCUCCUAUGCCCCAAGUGCCGAAAAUGUUGCGAAAACGAACACAGCCAACAAAAGAUUAAGAAAAGAUGAUGAGGAUUCUAGUGAUAUUCCUGUGGCCAAGCGACCUAGAAAUAAUGUAACUAAUGGUUUUGACGAAGACAGUAGAGACAGUGUUUCCAGUAUUGUUAGUAAUGAGUGUGCUAAGGUUACUAGUGGAAGUAGUGAGUGUAGCAAAUCUAGACGAAUAGCAAGCAUAAAUGCUGCUCUAAAGAGAAAGUCUACAGUCUCUGACACACUGAACACUACCAGCAACUCAGACCAGCUCCAGCAGAAAAUGGCAGCCAUCCCCGUGCCAGCCAAGGCUUGUAAAGUGAAAACCACAUCUCAGAUUGUAGCUGAACUGGCCGAGAGAAAAGGGGACAGCAAGCUGGCUGAGAGGGCGAGCAAGCUGGAGGAGCAACACGUUCGGGAGGUGACUAGUCCAGGGGCCGCGCUGGGUAUGGGCCGGGGGACGGACAGUGCAGCUGUCACCCGUAACAAAAUGGACCACCUGCAGCGGUACCUCAGUUCUCAGUCUGGUCCAGCAUUUGAGGAGUACUCUGGGGGCAGGGAUGAGGACCGCGACUCCAUGUCCUCAGAGACUGAAGUGCAGGAAUCCACAAGUACCCCGGCCUCCCCGUCGGCUGGCCCUGCUCAUGUCCCCGUCCCUGUCACCACCCCAAGUAACCUGGACCUGCUGGGAGUGAUGAACGGGGAGACAGCCGAGGAGAUCCUUGCACGCCUUCCCCCGAUUGACCCCAGCAGUGUGGUGUGGGACGACCCAGAGGAUCAGACUGAAGCACAAGAACAAGAAGGGAGAUCUGGGGAACACGACGAACAAGACUCGGGCAGUGAGUCGGAGGAUGAGACGGAAAGGCUGGUGAGGAAAUCUAAAAAGGUUCCCCCGGAGAAGGUGGGCUGCCUCCAUUCUAGUAAUUUGGACUGUCAGAACGGCAACUUUGACGUAGAUGGAAAAUUUCGGGAGUGGCACGAAGUAUUAGUCAGGAAAGGCUACCAGGACGAUCCUCUGAUAGUGUUGCCUUAUGUGAUAACUGAUUUUUGAAACACAAACUGUUUACAAUGAACCUGGUGGCUGAGAGGUGUCAAGAGGCUACCUAAAAUAUUUGUACGUGGUUGUCAUUCACUUUUACAUUUUUCUCAAGCCAUAGAACCAUGUUAGUCUGUUUCUUGUUAGUCUAUUUGUAUUUUGUGUGUGUGAUAUUCAUUUGUUUCCUUUUUGAUAACCUUCAAAAAAUGUUGCUAUAUACAUUAAUAUAUAAUUGAAAAGAAUGGCAUAUGUUGAUAUUGCUUACCUUGCUUAUGUUGCUUCAAGUUUUCUUUGAAGACAACCUGAAGAGAUACAAGAGUUCUUAGGAUUAAGUGUAUACAGUGCCUCAAUGCUGGUGGGGAGAGACCUCAGUACCUGCUGAAGACAGCUGCUUGCACCAGCCUGUACAGCUGCUUGGACCACACCUUUGUGUGGUGGUACUUCCUGCAGCACUCAAGUCUCUCCUCACUCAUUUUUAUUCAUCUAUAUGAAGAAUCAGUACAGAUGCCUUCAGUAACUUCCAUAUCCAAGCUGAAAGUGGUAGACAUGAGGGUGCGAGUGCCCGCCGAGCAUCGUGCCGGGAGGGACGUACCAUUGUCUUGGCAUUAGGAAGGAUGGCCAUAUCCAUUUUCCUGUCAUUGCUCUGGUGUGAGGGUAGGGUAGUCAUGUGUGAGUCCUGAGUUCCUGGGUCACUGGAGAGUGUUGGCAUUACCUGCUGUUGUCACGUUGCACACACACACACUUCUCUUUCACAUCCACUAGUUAACUACAGGGUUAUUCUUUUUAGUUUGUCUUGUUAAGGCUGCUUUAACUUUCUACAGUUAACCUUGAGAGAUGAAUGUGUGCACUGAUAGCAAAGCAAGGUGAUGCUUCACCUUCUCCAGACCCUAAAUAUCACAUUGAGCCCCAGGUACAAGACCUUUCUUAUUUGCCACAAAAAAUUCUACCAUAUAUGAGCUGUGAUAUCGACUGCAUUGUUACCUUUACUUUUAAGUUCCAUCAGAUAAGUCUUUUAUUCCUUACAUCCACAUGAUUGAUCAUUACUAAAUUUGAUUUAUUUUCUCCAACAAGUUGAUAUACAUUACUUUGGGUCUGUGUAAGUGGGGCAAGCAUUAGUGUAUCUAAUGCAUGAUUUUGAUAUGUUUUGUUUUGGGCAUCAGGUUUACUUGAUAGGUUUGAGGCUCAGGGCUCACACCUACCCCACAAGAGUCAGGACAGACACGAGAGCAGUAAGCAGUCUGUGUUGAAGCCCUGUUGAUAACCAGUCCAGCGUUAUGUAGCAGUUUGUUCACUAGCUCGCCUGCAGACCACACUGUUGUGAACUAAUGCUCAUUGUUCUGACAGACCUUGCAGUCUCCUGGUCAUUGUUUUAGACACCAAUCAUUUGUUUAUUAUACCAUCUUUGAUCCUGGCUGGUUGUUGUAUAUCUGUGAUGGAUCCAGUGUUUAAAAGGAAAGCGUUUAUUACAAGGUAAAAGAAGGUAAUUGUGCUCAUGUAUAUUGUCAUUACAUGCCAAAGAAUCAAUUUACAUGAUCUGUACACAGGAGCCAUUGUUUUGUAUGUUUCUCCUCAUUGGGUUAACUGCAUUCCUUAACUGUGGAUGACAAAAAAAAAGAAAAAAAAGGACAUUCUCAUUUUCUGCUUCUUUUGUGUGACCAGCCACUGCCUUAGGACAAGGGUGGACGGAGGUUCAAAGUUGGGGCUGCCCAAGGAAAGACAUUUGAAAGGCCAUUGUAUUAAUCCAGUGUUGCAUUUUUGUUUAUCUUUUAUUUUUACUGGAAAAAAGGAACCACAUUUAUAUGAUGCCUAGAAGUAUAGUGUUAGACAGUUGAAGUAUUCCAAAGCUUGUGUGUGUUUACUUGAUACUUUUGCAGGAGUGCUUUAUAUAAAUGUAAAUGUGGAUACACUACACCACACUUUUAUACCCUGUUCAGGAAUUUACAUUUUCUGAGUCUUAAGGUAAUGUGACCAACGCUAGACAUUCUAGGUAGUUGUGUACAUAACUGGCAUACAUUCUAGACACCUGACUUGGCCUGUACUACGCAAAGUCUCCCCACACCAGGAGUACUCCUGCCUUCCACCCCCCCCCCCACACCUUCCUUCUUCCUUGGGUUCAUUCAUUGGGAAAAAAGCAGUUGUGAUUGGUUGGCAAAUUUAUUAUCUGAGAAAAAGACAUUUUGCAAUAUCUUCCAGUAUUUUGUACCAUAUUUCUUUUCCUUGUGUUGUAUAUUCACAGAAGUCAUAAAAUUGCUCGUAAUUGCUUUGCCAUAAUUAACAACUGCCAUUGAAAGUUAUUUUAUGGAAACAAGAAACAUAUAUGAUUGAAAUGUUUAUUUUUUGAAAUGGCUGAAUGAUAACCAAAGGCUGGGUGCAGCUCCUGUCUGGAGCACUCUGACAAACCUGAGAAUGCAAAUGUCCACUGCUGCAACAGUAAAAUACAAUGUUAUUGGAUGUUUUGUAAUUUAUAGUUUUGUUGAAAAUAUGGAUUCAUUCCUAGCAGGAUACAAAAGCCCAAUAAAAUGAUAACACUGGA